AUGAAGUUCACAGGAGUAGUAUGCAUCGCGUUUGUGAUAGUUCUUGUCUCGGCUCUAGCUCCGACCAAAGCAGAAGAGAAAGUGGCAUGCGUCCCGACAGAACUUAUAUCAUGCUUACCAGCAUAUGAAUCUGGAAGUCCACCGUCCGCUGAUUGCUGCGGAAAACUGAAAGAACAAGAACCGUGUUUCUGUGGUUACAUACAAAAUCCAUUGUUUUCUCAGUAUGUUAACUCUCCAAUUGCUCGCAAGAUUUUAGCGGCUUGUGGUGUACCUUAUCCUACUUGUUAA